ACAACUUGGAAGAAAAAGCCACCUUAACCACUCUCUAGUCUUUUGUUCACUUUGGGGUGGGUACUAGGUAGCCUGUAUAACCAUAUAAAUACUACAAUGACCCGCCUUGGCAAUCCCUGCUUUCAUUUUUAUUUCAAUACUUAGCAACUAUAGUCGGAGCUGAGAUUGGUGCAAAACCAAAAAUAUGUUGGCCAUUUUCCACAAGACUUUUGCUCAUCCACCUGAAGAGCUGAACAGUCCUGCAUCUUACAAAGGCUCUAAAAAGCCUAAGGUUCCUGAGGAAACUCUCAAAGAUUUUCUUUCCCAUCAUCCUCAUAACACUUGCUCUAUGAGCUUUGGUAAUGCAGCUGUGCUAGCUUAUGUGCGUCCUGAUCAGCCUUUCUCUCUUCAUCAAAGAUUGUUUUGUGGUAUUGAUGACAUAUACUGUCUAUUCUUGGGGAGCUUGAACAAUUUGUCCAUACUCAACAAGCAAUAUGGUUUGUCAAAGGGUACUGAUGAGGCCAUGUUUGUGAUUGAAGCUUAUAAGACUCUCCGUGACCGUGGUCCCUACCCGGCAGAUCAAGUUGUGAAGGAACUUGAUGGAAGGUUUGCCUUUGUUGUCUAUGAUAGCAAGGUUGGAAGCGUCUUUGCAGCACUGGGUUCUGAUGGAGGAGUGAAGUUGUAUUGGGGUAUUGCAGCUGACGGAUCUGUGGUGAUCUCUGAUGAUCUAGAAGUCAUCAAAGAGGGUUGUGCCAAAUCUUUUGCUCCCUUUCCAACAGGGUGUAUGUUCCACAGUGAAGGAGGUUUGAUGAGCUUUGAGCAUCCAAUGAACAAGUUGAAGGCAAUGCCAAGGGUAGACAGUGAAGGGGCCAUGUGUGGGGCCAACUUCAAGGUUGAUAAGUUUGCCAGAGUCAACAGCAUUCCUCGAGUGGGAAGUCAAUCCAAUUGGAUGGAAUGGGACCAACAUUAGCUCAACAUCUAAAUCUAAAUCUAAAUGUAUAUAAACCUUAUGGUUCAAUCUUCAUGUAAAAUAAAAAUCUUCCCCACCCUACCCUACCUUUCUCAAUUUAGUUUGUUUUGUGUUGUUUUCAUGAAGUGUUUUUUCAGACAUUAACAUAGUUCAACUCAGGACCAUGUGUGUCGUUAUACAUGAGGAACCACGCUAGCAUAAUAGCUGCAUUUGUCUUGAUUCAAAAUUCUCGUAUGAAUUGAAAUAAUUAGAGUCUAGCCAAAAUUUUGUGUACACGAGAUAUAAAAUAAGAUACAUAAAUUAUUAAUGGAGAGGCCACGCACUAGAAUACUGUCGAGGAUGUGGAAGCAACACAUACAACAAAUAAAUAUUUCCUCUUUCUUU